AUGCCGAAUACCAGCUUGCGGCAGCCCCAGAAAGGCUUCCGCCGUGGCGGCGGCAAGAAGUCAUAUCAUGGGCCGAGAAAUCGCACAUUCGCUGCCUCGUCACGACAAGAGGGGACAUCUGCAGACGAAAAAUGGGAACGCACAAGACUAGCAAACUUGAUCGACGAGAACAUGGGAUUCGCGCGGUACGAGAGCGGGAAUCGUCGAGACGGGUGGCUCGUGGGUGUUCAGCCAACAGCGAUCGAAGACGACAGGUUACCGCACGGCCGCGCCGCACUCGACUGCUACUUCACUGAUGAUAGUGGUUCCUACUUCAAAGCUACAGUCGAGUACGAGCCAUACUUCCUCAUAGGCGUCAAGAGAGGCCACGAGUCUGAAGUGGAGGAAUGGGUCAAACGUGUACCGGGCGACGGUGUGGUCAAAGCGGUUCGAAAGAUAGAAAAGGAUGACCUCAACAUGCCGAAUCACCUACUCGGGUACAAACGAACGUUUCUCGAGCUUAAGUUCGCCAAUGUCAACGACCUGAUGAGUGCGAGGCGGGACAUUAUGCCUGUGGCAGAGAAGAACAAGAAGAACAUGGAUGCGAUGGACGCAUACGCCGAGGUGGCUACGGCGAACGGCAAUUUUGACCUUUUUGAUGAUUCACGAGACGACGAACGACUAAUGAACACUACGACGGAUGCGAGCGACUAUAUAAUGGACAUUCGCGAAUACGAUGUGCCAUAUCAUGUGCGAGUAAUGAUCGACUUGGUGGGCUUGUGGUAUUUUGUGGAAGCAAAGCAUGGCGUGGUCAGCAUUAUCCAAAACCCAGAGCGCUCACUACCAGCCGACCCGGUGGUGAUGGCGUACGACAUAGAGACUACCAAAGCGCCGCUCAAAUUCCCAGACGCAGCCAUUGACGAGAUCAUGAUGAUAUCGUACAUGAUCGACGGGCAAGGCUUCCUUAUCACCAACCGGGAGAUUGUGGCCGAGGAUAUCUCAGAUUUCGACUAUACCCCUACACCGCAGUAUCCAGGUCCGUUUAUGAUUUUCAACGAGCCGAACGAGAAGACGGUGAUUGAGCGAUUCUUCGAACAUAUUAAGGAAGCACGACCCACCGUCAUUGCCACUUACAACGGUGACUUUUUUGAUUGGCCGUUCGUGGAAGCCCGAGCUGCUGUCAAUGGCCUCGACAUGUACCAGGAGAUUGGGUGGAAGAAAGACAACGAGGACACUUACAAGUGCAGCUACGGAGUACACAUGGAUUGCUUUCACUGGGUGAAUCGAGAUUCCUACCUUCCCCAAGGUUCGCGAGGCUUGAAGGCUGUAACAGUCGCCAAGCUUGGAUACGACCCCGACGAACUCGACCCUGAGCUCAUGACGCCGUACGCAAGUGAGAGGCCUCAAACCUUGGCUGAGUACUCGGUCUCAGAUGCGGUUGCCACGUACUACCUGUAUAUGAAGUAUGUGCACCCCUUCAUCUUCUCGCUGUGUACCGUUCUGCCUCUCAGCGGCGACGAGGUGCUACGAAAGGGAACCGGUACACUCUGCGAAAUGCUUCUCAUGGUGCAAGCCUACUCGAAGAACAUUGUUCUGCCAAACAAGCAUGUUGCGCCACGAGAAGCAUUCUGGGAUGGACAUUUGUUGGAUUCUGAGACUUACGUCGGUGGCCACGUGGAGAGUAUCGAGGCAGGUGUCUUCCGCGCUGAUAUUCCCGUCGACUUCUCGGUGGAUCCGACAGCCAUUGACGAACUAUUGAGCGAUCUGGACGCCGCGUUGAAGUUCGUUGUGGAAGUUGAAGAGAACAAGAAACUCGAAGAUGUGGAAAACUACGACGAAGUGAAGGAACAGAUCACCAGCCGGCUGCUCAACCUCAAAGAGACACCGAACCGACAUGAGAGACCCUUGAUCUAUCAUUUGGACGUCGCAUCCAUGUACCCAAACAUCAUGACCACAAAUCGACUACAGCCCGACUCCAUGGUCGACGAGUCAGAUUGUGCGGCAUGUGACUUCAACAGGCCUGGAAAGACUUGCGACAGGAGACUUCCGUGGUCGUGGCGUGGCGAGUAUAUCCCCGCGAAGCGAGACGAGUACAAGAUGAUUCGGAAUGCCCUGGAGAACGAGAAAUUCCCCGGAAAAUGGCCCAAUUCGCCUAUGCGCAGCUUCCAAGAGCUGAGUCUGGACGAACAAGCAGCACUCACCCGCAAGCGCUUGCAGUUGUAUUCGCAAAAGAUCUACCACAAGAUUCACGACUCAACGACAGUCACCAAAGAAGCAAUCAUCUGCCAGCGGGAGAACCCAUUCUACGUAAAUACAGUCCGUGAUUUCCGAGAUCGUCGAUACGAUUAUAAGGGCAAGUCCAAGGUCUGGAAGGGCAAAUCGGCAGCAUUGCAGUCCUCCGGGGCGCCGCCCAAUGAGGUCGAGGCAGCCAAGAAGAUGGUGGUCGUGUACGACUCCCUGCAGCUUGCGCACAAGUGUAUUUUGAACACAUUCUACGGUUAUGUCAUGCGAAAGGGCUCGCGAUGGUACUCGUUGGAAAUGGCUGGUGUUACUUGUUUGACUGGUGCCCGAAUUAUCCAGCUGGCAAGGCAGCUCGUGGAGCGCUUGGGACGGCCGCUCGAGCUGGAUACCGAUGGUAUCUGGUGCAUGUUGCCGGCGACAUUCCCAGAGAACUUUGCCUUCAAAAUGAAGGGCGGCAAGAAGCUCAACAUCUCAUACCCAUGCGUCAUGUUGAACCAUCUCGUCCACGGCAAGUUCACCAACCACCAGUAUCAGACCCUUGUGGACGAGAGAACACACAAGUACGAGACACACAGCGACAACACCAUCUUCUUCGAGGUCGACGGCCCUUACAAAGCCAUGAUCUUACCCACUUCAAAAGAAGAAGACAAGAACUUGAAGAAGCGAUACGCCGUGUUCAACGACGACGGCAGUCUAGCCGAGCUGAAGGGGUUUGAGGUGAAGCGCCGUGGUGAGCUCAAGCUCAUCAAGAUCUUCCAGCAGCAAAUCUUCAAGUUCUUCCUCCAAGGGUCCGAUUUGACGCAGUGUUACACUGCCGUUGCCAAGGUUGCCAACCAGUGGCUGGACGUUCUUCAUAGCAAGGGCUCGACGUUGGCGUACGAAGAGCUCAUGGAGCUCAUUUCAGAGAACAGGAGCAUGAGCAAAACGCUCGAGGAGUACGGGUCGCAAAAGUCGACCAGUAUCACGACAGCGAAGCGACUGGCAGAUUUCCUGGGUGAGCAGAUGGUCAAAGAUAAAGGCUUGAACUGCAAGUUUAUCAUUUGCUCGCGGCCGAGGAACGCCCCCGUCACCGAGCGAGCUGUUCCGGUAGCCAUCUUCUCAGCCGAAGAGUCUGUGAAGCGGACAUACCUCAAGAAGUGGCUCAAGGAGGAGCCUGCCGACACCGACCCUCGGGCCCUUCUUGACUGGGACUACUACCUCGAGCGUCUUGGCUCAGUGAUCCAAAAGCUCAUAACGAUUCCUGCCGCGUUGCAGAAAGUACGCAAUCCGGUUCCGCGCGUGCCUCAUCCCGACUGGCUACAGAGGAGGAUCAACAUCAAAGAUGACAAGAUGAAGCAGAAGAAGAUCACCGAUCUUGUCAAUGUCAAGGGGCCGCUGGAGGACAUAACAAAUCUCAACAACCCCCGCAUGGAAGAUCUGGAGGACUUUGGCGCCAAGCUCCUUAAACCGAAGAACACGAAUGCUGCCAUUGCUGCGUCUCAGCCGGCGGUGGCGACGAAACGCAAGUCACCGGAGCCAAUUGAGAACGUGGACCCGAUGGCUGCCCUGCCCAAAGUCAUGCCUGACCCGUCCGAGGACUACCCAGCCUUCUUGGAGUAUCAGAAGCAGAAAUGGCGCAUUCAGAAGCAGGCCCGGGUGCGCAGGCGCCAACUCUUUGGCGACCGCAGAGGUCUUACUGGUAGCAAUAUCCAGCAGACCUUCAUGAAGCAAGCGCAUGCCACCUUUAUGAAUACUUGGCAAUUGCUCCAGCUCCGGUCGACGGACAGUCCUGGCAUCGUGACUGCCUAUGUCUUGAUCGAUGCGAGGGUCCACGCUCUCAAGGUCAAGGUGCCGCGUCAAGUCUUUCUGAACUUGAAAGGCAAAGAGCUGCCGGAUAUUGAGAUUGACGGCUGUGAAGUUGAGCAAGUCAAUUACACUCUGCCCAAUGGUCAUCCAUCGAGUCACCUCUUCAAGUUAACUGUCCCGGAAGAAGUUUACUUCAACGAGACGGAAAAGUUCUCGCUGUUAUUCAACCAUCCCAGCGUUGAGGGUGUCUACGAAAAGCAAUUGCCUCUCCAUAUGCGCGCUGUUCUUCAGCUAGGCAACAUUUGUACCGUUGAUGAGCAACAGCGAGGCGUGCUUGGGAAAGGCCUGGAGCAAGGAUUCGACCUUCAUGGCCUAAAGAGACCUGCCAAGGGGCGGACAUACCUCGAGUCGUCGCCCAUGGCCUACGUCUACAUCUCCCAUAUCACAGCCGGAGAGAGGCAAAUCUUUGGCAUCUUCUCAACGUCCCGGGAUGAAGCGCACAUUGUCAUCUUGCAGAGGAGCCGAGAUUCUGGGCAAGACCUGCCCAACGUCACGCGCAUCUACUCAGAGAUGAUGGCCAAGAGGGUUGAGGAAGCGGCAGGUACCAACUGGCAGGACUGCUUCCCCUACCAGCAGCGCGUGUCGUUCCAGAUCAAACAAGUCACCACACGACGAAAGGCCCAUCUCGAGAUUGGCGACAUUGUCAAGAAGAUACGAAAGGACGAGGUGAGACCUCAGAUGCUGGCGAUCCAGUCAUCGCAGUCCAACCAGCUAGUCCACGAUGUGCCGAUUCUCGGUGAAUUUCCCGUGCUUUCUCUCAAGUACGAUGCUUCUGACAGCUCUCUGCCACCGUUGGGCUGGCAGUCCGUUGUUUCGAGAAGGCUGGUUGGCCAUUACCUCGGACUUGGAUCAUGGAUCCUGCACCUGACGGCUCUAGCAAGGUACGGCGACGUUCCACUCUGCAACCUGGAGAGGGAAGAUCCUCGCUUCCUGAUUGAUGUCGCGUACGCCAGGCGACUGCAAGCCAAUGGAGUCGUGCUCUGGUGGUCACCGGGCCCUAGGCCUGAUCAUGCUGGGUAUGAGAAAGACGACCUGCUCGGCCCGUUGGACGCCGUCAAACUCCCCAACGUCAACAACCCGGGCACCUUCUCCUCAGUAUGUAUCGAUCUGGAUGUGCGUAACCUCGCCAUCAACACGAUCCUCACAUCGUCUCUCAUCAAUGAUCUCGAGGGCGCUGACUCGUUCAACCCCACAUCUGAUAGCUCCGAGGUCCUCGCGUCAGAGAGUGCAUUUGCCAAUGCUGGUGUCGUUGUUCUCCGUGAGAUGGUCAAAUCAUGGUGGGGCGAGGCCUGUCGUGGUAGCACCAUGGCCGAUGUCCUCGUCCAACACCUUGUCCGCUGGAUUGAGUGCCCAGACAGUUUCAUGUACGACCGUGCGCUGCACUACUACAUGCAGAUGAUGUCGCGCAAGGCGUUCCAGCAGCUCAUGGGCGACUUUCGACGUGUGGGCUCGCAGGUUGUCUUUGCAAACGCGAACAGGCUCAUCCUGCAGACGACAAAGGCAGAGGUGGGCACUGCGUUUGCGUAUGCCCAAUAUGUGAUCAAGAGCAUCAAGAGCAAGCCCCUUUUCCACUUCAUAGACCUCGAAAUCAAGGAGUACUGGGACUACCUGGUCUGGUAUGAUGAGUUCAACUAUGGCGGCCGUGCCUGCCAAGAGGUUGUGGAGGCAGAGGAGCAGGACCUCGAAACGAUUAUGCACUGGCAGAUGGCAACAUUUCUACCGACACGACUACAGUCUACGUUCCAAGACUGGGUUGUCGAGUUUGUACAGUUGAUGCAUGCGCUGAAGCACAAGAGCGUCAACGAUCCCGACGCGACUCCUCGCCUCACGCAGCUUCCUCAGAAUAACAUUGAGAACCAAGAAGGCCAGAUCAUUUCGGGCAAGGCCUUUGAGAAGCCGUUCAAGAGAGCGAUUGCUGGGCUCAUUGCGCAGCAGAAGCGUGAGCUGCUCCACCCCGAGCUAGCAGAGGACUACGGCUUCCCAACGCUGCCGGGCUCUCAUCUCCCGACCUCGUCGCGUAAUCCCAUUCUCGAACUGGUCAAGACCAUUAUGCAGGUUUUAUCGCUCGACAAGAAUAUCACGAUGGAGGCGCGUCUCCUCCGCAAGGAGCUGCUGGCGCUGUUUGAUGUCCGCGAGUUCUCCAAGGAGGGCACCUUUGUCAACCCGAGUGAGUCGCUCAAGAUAUCGCAGGUCUCAUGCGACAGUUGCACAAUGACGCGGGACUUGGACUUUUGCCGUGACGAGGACCUUUUCUCGGGCCAGCAGGUGUGGCGCUGCACCUUUUGCUCAGUCGAGUACGAUCGUAUUGCCCUGGAAGAGAGGCUCUUGUCGAUGGUGGAAUCUUGGACUGUCGAGUGGACCACCCAGGACGCCAAGUGCGAGCGGUGCGGCGCGCUUCGCGUGAACGACCUCAUGGAGCAUUGUACCUGCAGUGGUGCUUGGAGGUGUGUUGUCAGUAGGGAGGAGAUUGGCAAGAAGCUUGGUGUUGUCAGGAGGGUCGCCAAGUACUACGAGUUGCGCAUGCUGACGGACGUGGUGGAGGGUUUGGCGGGGAGUAUAUGA